UCUUCACAAUUUUUCUUAAUCAUCUCUGAAAUGCAGAUCCGAAUUCCUUUGACUCCGUUGGAGACAUCUUGCCAAAGCUUAGUCAAGUCUGGGAUGGAUUACAGCUGACGACGUCCUCCAACAACAAGUCCAAACACAUUUUGGACCAAUUCAAGACAUCCAAUGCUACCCGCGGCAGGGUGCUUGACCUAGGUUUUGCUGGGGGACUGGACCUGUACUUCCUGUUUGAUGCGUCUGGUAGUGUUGGCUCAGACAACUUCAAGAUUGGGCUGAACUUUGCCACGGCGUUAAUCCAAAAGGUCGGGGUGUCUGCUGAGCCAGGUGGCACACGGGUCGGGGCCUUCAGUUUUGCAUCAGACGUCACACCACACUUCCGUCCGCAUGACCCACUGGUAACCACCGAGCAAGUUGUGGAUGCUAUGCAGCAGAUUCCGUAUACAAAGGGAGGUACAGCAACACGACUGGCGCUCAAGUUUUUGCGAGAAAGUGUCAUUCCAGAGGCAGUUGCAGAGUUGGACCGACCAGACGAGUCUAAGAAAGCACUUUUCCUCAUCACAGAUGGUAAGUCGAACACAGGUGGAGACCCAAGCGAAGAGGCGAGGAAGCUCAGAGAGGAACUGGGAUUGGAAAUCUACACCAUCGGCAUCAGCAAUGAUGUCAGCAAGACGGAGCUAGCCUCUGUUGCAUCCAGCCCCAAGAAGGAGCACAUGUUCACCCUGAAGGACUAUUUUCGUCUUGAGUGGCUAAUAGAUGCUUUGACCAAUCAUUCUGUUGACUAUUCCAAGUGUGGACAAGCUGGCAACACUAAGCCAGAUUCCAGGGCCCGAAUCGUUGGUGGACAAGAUGCAAAUGAAGGUGCUUGGCCGUGGCAAGCAGCGCUUUUCUUUAGGAGAGGAAGGCAUGAGCUAUUUCUGUGUGGUGGGUCGCUGAUAGCAGCUGACUGGGUGCUGACGGCUGCACAUUGCUUCUUCAACCCAAUAACAGGGCUACGCUUGGAUGACACAAAAAUCAGCGUCAAACUAGGUGUGACAAAUCUGGACACAGAUGAAUUCAAGCCCAAAGUCCAGUACUGGGGAGAGAAUGAGAUCACCACAUAUGUACACCAGGACUACAAGCAGCCAGACACAGGGAUCUAUGACAACGACAUUGCUUUGGUUCAUCUCGUGUCUCGCAGAGGUACUCUGGACCCGUAUGUUCGCACAGUGUGCCUCCCCUGCUCCUGUGCCUGUACUGGGGCAGGCUGCCUGCUCAACAGUCAGGACAAUGAAGGGAACUGUGUGGCCGAAGGGACAGAGCUGUUCAAUCGCUGUAAGUAUGGAGUUGUGACAGGAUGGGGGCACACCAAACAACAAGACAAUAACCGUUUCAGGACUCGGGUGUCUUCUCAGUUGCAGCAGGUGGAAGUAAAGCUGCGGACCGAUGAAGAAUGUACCAAAAACCUCCGCUUACCAGCCAACCACUACACGAGCAGAAUGUUCUGUGCUGGAGACCCUGAGGCGCAGCAGGAUGCUUGCAAGGGUGACUCCGGAGGUCCGUUCAUGUGUGAAGUGGAGAGGGAUGACAAGACCAGGUGCUGGGUACAGCUGGGGAUUGUUUCCUGGGGAGACGGCUGUGCAGCUGAAGGACGUUACGGUUACUACACACAUCUGCCAAAACUCAUGCCAUGGGUCAAGGACAUUAUAGCAAGGCAUGGGUUCAACUAAAGCAAAACAAUAGGAAAUGUUGAGUUACAACAUAUUCCACCAAAAAGGUUGGGACUAUUAUUACAAUUUCGAGUUCCCGUCUUCGUCAUCAAACGUUGUGUUGGUAGUUAUCUGCCCCCAUUGGAUACAUACCGGCACAAAAACUAGAUUACGUUAGAAGUAUUGCCUUCUGUGUUCUUAGGAGUGUCAGCCCAAUACGAAUUGAACUGUCACAUUUGGUGAUGGCAAAAAGACAUUUUCUGAUGUAAGAAAAUUUGAUUUGACAAAAUGCAAAUGAAAACAAGCUAACAUGUGACGAAAGCUGUGUUAUGUGUCUAGUUUAAGCCUGUUACACAGUCACAGUAAUCAUCUGAUGGCUAAUAGCAAUAAUGUUAAUGAAGUAGCUUAAGAAAAACAGCAAGAUUACUUCUACACAAUAAUCGUAAUUAAUUUUCAUACUGUAAAGGCAGCAUCUGAGUAGAGAAAAGUUGUUGCAUGUAGCUUACUUGAGGUGAGAGUAAAAAUGUAGGGAAGCAAGACUUACAUGUACUUCUUGAAGUCUUUGUCAAUUGGCAUCUUUAAUGGCACGGGCAGACUCCUAUUGUAGAAGGCAAUCUUGAACCACUACUGAAACUGUUUCUUUCUGACUGCGUUAACUGUCAACUGUUUCUUUACCACUUUCUAGUGAAUACAUUGGUGUGAAUCUUUCGAUA